AUGUCUCGCAAGACCAAGGCUCCCAAGGAGGAGACUCUUGAAGAUCCUCCCACUGCCAUCGAUCCCUACAAGGUCCUCUCCCUUGAGAAGACUGCUACGCCUGAUCAGAUCAAGACAGCGUAUCGAAAAGCUGCGCUCAAGCAUCAUCCGGACAAAGCCGUGGAAGACGAAAAAGAGGAUGCGCAUCAGAGAUUUCAAGAGAUCGCAUUUGCGUACGCCAUCCUGUCCGAUGAAAGACGAAGGAAGCGCUACGAUACAACUGGUAAUACAUCCGAGUCCCUUGAUCUCGAGGAUGACGAUUUCAGCUGGACGGAUUUCUUCCGAGAGCAGACCGCCAGCAUGGUGGACGGCACUACGAUUGAGAAGAUCAAGGGCGAGUAUCAAGGGUCUGAAGAAGAGGAGCAAGAUGUUCUCCGUGCAUAUGAAGAGUUCGAGGGGGAUAUGGAUGCGAUCUACGAGCAGGUCAUGUGUAGCAAUGUGCUCGAAGAUGACGAGCGAUUCCGCCAGAUGAUCAAUCGGGCUAUCAAAGAGAGUCGCGUUCAAACGCACCAGGCAUACACCAUGGAAAGCAAAGCCAGCAAGAAGAAGCGGACAGCGAAGGCCAAGGCUGAAGAGGGCGAAGCCAUGGAAAUGGCAGAGGAGCUAGGUGUGAAGGACAAGCUCUUUGGAAAGGGCAAGGUAGACAAGAAAAAGGACGACGAUGAUGGUGCAUUGAAAGCGAUCAUCCAACAACGGCAACAGAGUAGGGGCGACUCGUUCCUAGCCAAUCUUGAAGCCAAGUACGGCGGAGGAGGAAAGCGCAAGAAGAACGAUGAACCACCGGAAGAGGCUUUUGCACACAAUGCGAAGAAAACCAAAGGCAAAAGAUGA